CAAAUAAUUUGAGGAAAUUAUUGCAAAAGAAGAAUAGGGAAGAAAUCAAGAUGACACUUUUCUUUUCUCUCACUCUUCUUGUAUUGAUCUCGGCCAGCGCAACUUGGUCGAGCAAGAACGAUGGUAAAUAUCUGGACAGCUACAGCGCAGGAACUGCCAAGUACGACAGUCUUCUGAAAGCUCAGAGCGAAUGUCCCAAACGAUCCGACUGUGGAGGUAUCACGUACGAACCCUCGUCCAAAAAGUUCACACUGCGAAGAGGAGUCGUCCUCAAGGACAGUACUCGCAGUGAAAUCUCCUGGGUUGAAGUAACUUGGUCGAGCAAGAACACUGGUAAAUAUCUGGACAGCUACAGCGCAGGAACUGCCAAGUACGACAGUCUUCUGAAAGCUCAGAGCGAAUGUCCCAAACGAUCCGACUGUGGAGGUAUCACGUACGAACCCUCGUCCAAAAAGUUCACACUGCGAAGAGGAGUCGUCCUCAAGGACAGUACUCGCAGUGAAAUCUCCUGGGUUGAAGAAAUAGAAUGUCCUGCUACCCAUCCCAACGUCUACUACAACGGAGAGUACUGUUGUAAAUCAAACAAGGAGAAGGUCAACACUCCUCAGGGUACCAAGUGUGACGGCAGUGUGAUUCAGAGAGACAGUUUGUGCUGUGCGGGAAACCAGCACACGAGGUGUCCCAGUGGAAGCUGCCGAAGUUUAUGCGACUGUAACAAUAUCAAUGGCGAUGACUUCGAAGCUACUGACAUUAAAUACGACAUGGAUAAAAAAAUUGUUUCUGCACUUCGGCCUGACCUCGUUGUUAACAAGGUAUUGAAUAAUAGAGGCAGCAGAGAUCUGGUAGUCCCAUUGUCCCAAACAGUUGAGGUUGAGAAUACGAUGGAAUUUUCCCAUACUGCUGGUGCCUCCGUCACUGCAGGCACGUCAUUCGAAGUUGGAGUGCCAGGAUUAGGCGCUGCUGGUGUUUCCUUUGAAAUCAGUGCAUCAUACGAAUUCAGUUCAGGGGAAUCAAAAACUUCGAGAAAGAGUAUAUCGGUAGAGUUUUCGUGCACCGCCCCGCCCAAGAAGAGGGUUGUAUGCAAUGCUCUGAAGCGCAAGGACAAGGUUUCCAUUCCGUACGUGAUGACAUGGACUCACAAAAGAUCGAAAGAGUGUUCUUGCAAAGAAGAGGGUGUGUUUAAAGAGUUGGUGUCGCAAAAUAUUGAAAUGGAGGUUAAUGAGUUCGACCUCAACUCGAAGAAAAUAAUUCGAACAAAGCGUGAAGAAAUCUUCGAUCUCCGGACAAGUGAAUAGAGACAGCGAGGAUAUCUGGAGCGUUUGAGGACAAC